AUGAGCGCAGGAGGGGCGCAGAAGCUGCUGGAGGAUGAGAAACUUGCCAUCGAAGAGUGCAUGAAGGGAGCGGAGAGCGUCGUUGAGCCUCCCGACCUCUCCAGUGCCGGGAAAGGAAGCGAAGCGGGCGUACUGCAGAGGAGCGCGUCGGCAGAAGGUGCAGAGGAGGAGGCGCAACCUGCAGAAGAGGAGACUCCCGAGAAGGAGCACGAGGCAGACCUGCCUCCCCGGCAGAGUCUGGACGUGGAGGCUCCUGCGAGGAUGAGCAUCGAUGAGAGCAGCACGGCAGGAAGCGCGAUAACCAACACUCCCUCAGCGGCAUCGCAGGGAGGAGAGAGAGUCGACGGUGAGAAGGCCGGGCAGAGUAGCAGCGUGUGGUCUCGCCUGAAGGCUGCGCGCACUAUGCUCAAGACCGGAACGCCGUCGAAGGGGGAAGAGGCAGCGGCACACGCUGCCGGGUCCUUCUCGGACAAGGCGGGAGAGCACAAGGGGGCACAGGGGGAGAAGGGAAAGGCGUGGCGGUCGAGCGGGAUAUCCGCUAUGUCAGCCAUGGCGGCAGCAGCGACGGGAGCAGGCAAGGCAGCAGCAGGAGCAGCUCAGAGCUUAGCUACUCAUGCUCACAUCGCCUCGCACUCGAGCGACGAACGGCACAGCUCUCAUGCUGCCAUGGCAGCCCACGAGGCCAACCACCUACAGGCGCCGAGCAAGAUCAAGGAGAAGCUGGUGCGGGGAGGGUUCAUGUCGGAGACCGGAGUAGCCAGCGCUAGAAGCUCCUCGUCAGUGUCCCUGCCCUCCUCCAUCUGGAUCCUUGAGCUGCUCCUCAACGGUACCCACAUCUCCCUCUGGGAUGAGGCGCAGAAUCGCGUGCGCUCGCUGGUCACCCUCCCGAAGUUCGGGGAGGAGCUGACGCGCCUGCCAGCGACGCUGCGGGGAACGAUAUGGUCGGUGUGCCGAGAUUACUACCAGAUGUUCCACCGUUCCUCCAUCCUCAUGGUCCAGGUCUUCACAGGGGCCACCCUCAAGGUCGCUCGGCUCAUCGGCGAGUACCUUCACCUCAUGCGCCUUCUCCCUCCCGUCGCACACGACGCAGUCCUCGGACUGCGCGAGCUUCUCUCCUACUACCUCCUCCUCACCGCCGACCUCUUCACUCCUCCUGACAUGUCCACCAAGUCCGUCCAAGUCGGAGGAGGCAUGGAGAUCCUACGGCGCAGGGGAGCUGAAAGCAUGCAGCUGCUCCUGCGGCACAUGGAAGCUGCUCGCCCUGUGGCUCCGCUGCCGCUCCUCACGUGCCAGGCUGUGCUCAAGUCUCCGGAUGCGUUCUUCGGGCUCGGAGAGCGGUGUGUGGCCAUUGAGUCGCUGCUCUUCCUCGUGGAAGUGAUGCAAGCCGUUCGCGUCUCUCUCUCUCAGCUCUCGGUACCCAAGUCGGCGUCAGAUGUCAAGAGCAUCUUCAAGGAGAUCGUGGAGCACAUCCCGGGCAUGGAGGAGUUCGGUCUCAAGCCUCUUCCCUUCUUCACUCACGUCGAACUCUUCAUCAAGGGAUACUUCCUUCCUCCGGACUCUCCGCAGGUCAUGGUGGAGUGGGCGUAUCAGCAUCCUUUCUAUCCUCCCCAUCAGGUCCUAGGGCUUGUACAAGCAGUGAUCGAAUCAAACAGCCAUCACACCUCGUCGUUCAGCGCUCUCAUGGGUCAGGGCAAGUCGAAGAGCACGGAAGUAAAGCGUGUCCUUGCCCAGGUGGAGGAAGCGGUUCGAACCAACGUGAGCCCGUCUGCAAGCAUGUCCCUACAUGCGCUGGCCAUGGCGCGAUGA